GCAGAGGAGACCCCAGCAUCCUCUAGAGCCCAGCGCCGGCCCUGCCUCCGCCUGCCCCGCCGCCGCCGCCUCUGCCUGUGCGCCUGCUACUGUCCCACCUAAACAACUCCCGUUACACGGACAAGUGAACCUCUGUGGCCGUCUGCUCCUCUUCUUCCAACUCCUCCUCCUCCUCCCACUUGCCAGCCGCAGCAGAAAGCCCCCACCCCAACUGACACUGGCACAGCCGCGAGCGGUGUCAUCUGCACAACUUUAUCUUGCGCCUCCGGCUCCUCGCCGCGUCCGUGAUUUUUUGCAAAGUUGCACCGCUCUGCACAUCUGCGGCCCCGCCACCUCCCUGUGCGGCGCGCGUGUCCCGCCGGCCCCGCAGCCUCCUCCCGGAGCUGCGCCCUAGUGCCCCUGCCGGGCAGCGGCGUUCGCCCCCGUCCGCCCACGCCCAGCCCCUGCCGUGCGCGGCGGGCGAUGCUGAAGAUGCUCUCCUUCAAGCUGCUGCUGCUGGCCGUGGCUCUGGGCUUCUUUGAAGGAGAUGCUAAGUUUGGGGAAAGAAGCGAGGGGAGCGGAGCGAGGAGGAGGAGGUGCCUGAACGGCAACCCCCCGAAGCGCCUCAAGAGAAGGGACAGGCGGAUGAUGUCCCAGCUGGAGAUGCUGAGCGGGGGCGAGGUGCUGUGCGGGGGCUUCUACCCUCGGCUGUCCUGCUGCCUGCGGAGUGACAGCCCGGGGCUGGGGCGCCUGGAGAACCAGAUAUUCUCUGUUACCAACAACACAGAAUGUGGGAAGUUGCUGGAGGAAAUCAAAUGUGCACUUUGCUCUCCACAUGCUCAGAGCCUGUUCCACUCACCUGAGAAAGAAGUCUUGGAGAGAGACCUGGUACUUCCCCUGCUCUGCAAAGACUAUUGCAAGGAAUUCUUUUACACUUGCCGAGGCCAUCUUCCAGGUUUCCUUCAAACAACUGCUGAUGAGUUUUGCUUUUACUAUGCAAGAAAAGAUGGUGGACUGUGCUUUCCAGAUUUUCCAAGAAAACAAGUCAGAGGACCAGCAUCUAACUACUUGGACCAGAUGGAAGAAUAUGACAAAGUGGAAGAGAUCAGCAGAAAGCACAAACACAACUGCUUCUGCAUUCAGGAGGUUGUGAGCGGGCUGCGGCAGCCUGUUGGUGCCCUGCACAGCGGGGACGGCUCGCACCGCCUCUUCAUUCUGGAAAGGGAAGGCUACGUAAAGAUACUGACCCCUGAAGGAGACAUUUUCAAGGAGCCUUAUUUGGACAUUCACAAACUUGUUCAAAGUGGAAUAAAGGGAGGAGAUGAAAGAGGACUGCUAAGCCUCGCAUUCCAUCCCAAUUACAAGAAAAAUGGAAAGCUGUAUGUGUCUUAUACCACCAACCAAGAACGGUGGGCUAUCGGGCCUCAUGACCACAUUCUCAGGGUUGUGGAAUACACAGUCUCCAGGAAAAACCCCCAUCAAGUUGACUUGCGAACAGCCAGAGUAUUUCUCGAAGUUGCAGAACUCCACAGAAAGCACCUGGGAGGACAACUCCUCUUUGGCCCUGAUGGCUUUUUGUACAUCAUCCUGGGCGAUGGGAUGAUCACACUGGAUGAUAUGGAAGAAAUGGAUGGGCUAAGUGAUUUCACAGGCUCAGUGCUACGGCUAGGUGUGGACACAGAUAUGUGCAACGUACCGUACGCCAUCCCGAGGAGCAACCCACAUUUCAACAGUACCAACCAGCCUCCUGAAGUCUUUGCCCAUGGGCUCCAUGACCCAGGCAGAUGCGCUGUGGAUCGACAUCCCACUGAUAUAAAUAUCAAUUUAACCAUACUUUGUUCAGACUCCAAUGGCAAAAACAGAUCAUCAGCCAGAAUCCUACAGAUAAUAAAGGGGAAAGAUUAUGAAAGUGAGCCAUCACUUUUAGAAUUCAAGCCGUUCAGUAACGGUCCUUUGGUUGGGGGAUUCGUGUACCGAGGCUGCCAGUCUGAAAGACUGUAUGGAAGUUAUGUGUUUGGAGAUCGGAAUGGGAAUUUCUUAACUCUCCAGCAAAGCCCUGUGACCAAGCAAUGGCAAGAAAAACCACUCUGUCUUGGGACUGGCAGUUCCUGUAGAGGCUACUUUUCAGGUCACAUCUUGGGAUUCGGAGAAGAUGAGUUAGGGGAAGUUUACAUUUUAUCAAGCAGUAAAAGCAUGACCCAGACAAACAAUGGAAAACUUUACAAAAUUGUAGACCCCAAAAGACCUUUGAUGCCCGAGGAAUGCAGGGCCACAGUGCAGCCUGCGCAGACGCUGGCUUCCGAGUGCUCCCGGCUCUGUCGGAAUGGCUACUGCACCCCCACAGGCAGAUGCUGUUGCAGUCCAGGCUGGGAAGGGGACUUCUGCAGAACCGCAAAAUGCGAGCCACCGUGUCGCCAUGGAGGUGUCUGUGUUAGACCGAACAAGUGCCUCUGUAAAAAGGGCUACCUUGGUCCUCAGUGUGAACAAGUGGACAGAAACAUCCGCAGAGUGACCAGGGCAGACAUCACCUAGAUGAAACACCUUUACCCUCUCCUGUAAAAUACUAAAGUUACAUUUUUCACCAACUUAAUUGGAAAGAAGGGGAGUGAGAAAGCAGUCUUUAAUGUGAUGUGGAUCUAAUCUAGCAAUGUAUCCUUUUGCCAACAUGUAAUCAUUAACGACGGAUGAAAAAGCAAGAAAACAGCUAAUCCUUAUAAAAUUCCAGCAUUAAACAUUUGUAAAGUGCUUUUCACCAUAGCAAGACCGUCAGAGUAUAUGUGAUUAGAAUGUUGUCAAUUUCACACUGAAUCGAACCUCACUGGAGAAGAGCUCACUGGUUUUGAACAAAUUUUGGCUAUGUAAGCUGUCACUUGUACAAAUUUUUAAUGUAAUAGUUCUUGCCAAAUAUGACUUCUAAGAUACAUAUUCCUUCAGAACUCAAUGAAAAUACACCUUGGUUAAUGUAUCAAUAAAUAUUCUACAACUGUUCAGGUUUUUAGAGAACUGACAUGUUCUAACUGAAAAGUGCAAAAACUCUGGUAGAUCGAUUUUUUUUAAUGGUUUUCCAGGCCAACCCUCCAGGUCUGGAUUUCAACAAAAGUCUAAGGCCUCUUUGCACUACUGAGAAAACACAUCUACUCAUGACAAGUGCACACCCAUUGCACUGUCCUCCUUCUGUAAACAUCCAUUCCUCUAGAAUCUAAAUUGUAGUGUAGCAUGGAUUAUGCAGCACCAGCUGACUUUCCAAACCAGCUCCUUACCUUUAGGAAUAUGAGCUUCAGUUAAAUAAAGAUCUGGUAGCUAGUAAUUCUCUAUGGGUUUUAAGUGCGAGAUUUGCAAUUAAGACACAGUGAGCAUUUAUAUAGAAACCACAAUGUAGAAAGGUUGGUUAAGUGCACUGCUCUUGUCUUCCAUAUAUGAUUACUUAAGUUUCAAGUGACCUCAUGCCAAAUGGAAAUGGGUUGAGAAAUCUUGGUUCAGUGCUUAGUGAACAAUAGCCUGCAUUAAAAAGUGCAUGCAUAAUUUUGCACGAUUUAGAUUCAAUUGACAGUCUAUUCAAAGAAGUCUCAGGAUUAAAUGAGCAUGGAGACCAAAUUGCCCUCUUACCCCAGAAAAGGGGUGGUCCUUUCUAGUCACUCUAACACUUCAUUGGCCCAACAGUGUGACAAAUCUUGCAAUGAACCAUGCAGUAGCCUGCAUCUGUAGGUUAAUAGCAAUCUUUUGUCUCCAUUGCUUUCUCUUCAUAGCCCUUUAACUGAAUUCCAUCACAGAAAGUUUUACAAUUAAAAAAAAAAUGUCCUGACAACCAUUUUUGUAAAUGAACCUUACCAUCUAAUCGUCCCUUAUUCAACGUGGGUGACAUUAACAAAAUGUGAACUUCUUGUGAGGGAGCCAGCUGUCGAAAUCUGUCAAAUUGUGCAGUUUUAUUACACAUUCCCUCAUUCAUAGCUUCACCGAACACAAUAAGGACACUGCUGUAUAUUCAGUGAAAUCUGAAAAAUCAACUGUUGUUUCUUAUGUUUUUAAUCUUUCCAUCUUUUCCUCUGAAGAGAAAGUGUCCUGUCGCCACUAGUUCUACUAUUUAAAAAUAUCUAUUAAAGGGGCCAGCCUGUUUCAUACAGCCUUUUCCCAAGUGAAAGAGUUUCAUGUGGGUUUAGCAAACCAUGUACCCCAGGUGUCAAUUGCCUUUCCUAUUGUGACUCAUUAGAACAAAAGAGCAAAUUCCUCAAAAAAGAAGAUAGCACAAUCCAUGGAUAUUAAACUCAAGCAAAGAAAGUAGAGGCAUGAGAGUCAUUUCUUUCUGCCCUUAGGAGAAAAGUAGAUGGUGAUGGCUAAUUGAUGGCUCCGUAUUUGAAACGAAGUGGUCAAUUCAAAAACAAUCUCUUUGACCUUUCCUUUUAAGUAGGUUUUUUAAAUGCAUGACUGGGAAAUUAUCUGCAGUGAUUCGUGAUGAGAGGCAGGUAGGAACUGAUUUAAAAGUACUGCUAAGAAAAAGUUACUGUUCCAUACAUGGGAGGCAACAUCUCCCACAUUCCUAAAAGCACACAAGGCUAACGUCCUUGGUAUGAGUGCUGAUGUGUAGGAGGAGGAUGAAAUAAAGAAACAGAAACGUGACCAUUCUAGAGUUUAAGGCUUGGGUAUCAACUAAGUGUGAAAUGAUGCCAGAGUAGUUUUAAACAAUUAGAAACCAAUUUUCUCUCAUCGGUUUCUGCCAAACUCUCACACUGGAUUAUAGAACUAGUUCUCUUGACAGUUAUUGAAGGCAUUGAUAAGAAAAUUGAAUUGAGAGAUCAUUGAAGUUAAAAAGGAGGAAAGAUUUAAGAGUGAUAGCACAAAGUGCUUCCAUUUAUAUUUUUCUUCUUGGAACUUUAUUCCAAUGUAGAUUCUUAAAAUAUAUCUUUUAUUUUAUGACAAGAACUCAGAUAUUUUCUCAGAUUAAUGGGCUAUCUUAGGAAGAAAGAACAAGAAAGAACAAGGUGUCAGAACACAGACAUAGACGUAGACAUGUCCAAAAUAGGAAACUUCUUUUUGUCAUUUGCAUUUCUCAGAGCAAUCUCUCUUCUUCCCUAUUUCUUUCUUUGCAAAUAAUUAUAUUUAAUUUGCUUAACAUUUUAAGUCCAUAUUUUAAUAUUGUUUUUAUCUCUGGAUCAUAAACUAUACAAUGAGACUACUAGAUGUAAAAUAGGAACUUAGAUGCUACUUGCAAGGUCCUUCAAAUGCAUACAAUUUAAACUUAGUCCAACUUUCUAUUAAGUCUCCUAGCUUUGAAACACUAAAAGGGAAACAGCUCAGAUUUUUAAGAGGAAAAACAAGAUAUACCAUGGGCAACUGUAGUUGGCCAAUUAACAAAAUCAUUUCUGAGCUUAGACUGUUACCUCUAGUAUCUGUCUUCUCCCCCUCCAUUGUAUAGCUGUUACCCACAAUCUUUGUCCUUUCCUCCCUCCACGUCUUCAUUUUUACCUCUUUCCUCUUCCCACUCCUCUGUUUUUUAUUGUUUUUUCCUAAAUAAACAUGUCUUCAGUAUAUGCAUAAUUAAGGCAUCCUAGAGUAGUUUUCUUUUGCUUUUGCUUUUUUGAUUUCUAUUGAUCUCUUCUAGUGUCACAUUUGGUCAAAUUUGAUAGCAACAAGAACAUUGAACAAAGAGCUAGACUGAUCCAUUACAAUCACUGAAAGUAACCAACAAUCCAGAUAUUCCCAUUCAGUUAUUCUAUCAUAGCUACAGGAAAGAUAUGGAAAGUAGCUCCACUCGAGAGUUUAAGCUAACAAGCAGGAGUAUUAAUAGCUAUUUCCCACCCAAGCAACAGUCCUCUCUGUAGAAUCUAUUAUAGGGGAAAAUCAUUGCAAACCUAUUAGGAAAAAAUAGCAAGUGUUUGUUAGUCUAUGUAGACCUUGGGAUCUUCUUUCCUCUACCCAUGGGAUGAGAUUUGGCUUGCAGAGAACCCAGACCAAAGUCCCAUGCCCAGAAAAUAUACCCCCAAGAAGUUGGUGGACCUAUUACUGGCAUUGCUAAGAAUACCCUCAAAUAGGUCCUCUUUUGAAUAUCUGAAGAUAAAUAAUGUUAUCUUAUUUUACCUUCAUUCUCUUCAUCAUUGUAUCUUGGUCCCAACUCCCAGUAGUAAAUAUGAUGCUAAAAAAAGUGGAAAAUCCAAGAAGAGAAACAUAUCGAUAUUAAAACCAUGACCACAGAGCCUGCCAAACAGUAACCCUAGCCAACUUAAAGCUUGUUCCUCUUAAGUGUCUCCUUUGAAUAAGUUUGGGAAACUGCCUUAAGAUAAUAACAUUUUGGGAGAGUAAGAUGUGUUCCUGUGAGCGUAAGUCAAUACUGUUGAGCUGUUUUCUUAAUCAUGGACAUGGUUGCUGAAGAUGCUGUAAACAGGUUUGUUCAUUUGUGAUAAGCACUCUUAAAUUCCUCAUGACUUAUGAACCCACGGUGCAUCCAUGAUAUCUGCCUUGCUUUCCCAUACAUUUGUAUUGGACAUAUAGAUGUAAUUUGAAAAAAGAAAACAUCAGUGAUGGAUCCCAACAUAAAGCCUUACACCUAAAAUCUGUUAUUUUUUUAAGGCCAGAUUACACAGUGACUUUAAAACAUAAUAUCAACUCCUCAUUAAUUCUAAGGUUAUCUCUGUCAUGCAUAUCACAAAGUCAGAAGUCAUUUUUCAUUCAUAGUAUUUUUUGUUUUAAUAUGUAGAUUAUGUCUACUUAAAUCCAAAGUAUAUGUAUUCAUAAAGACAAGCUAAUGUGAAUGCAAGGUGCAUUUUCUCAAUCAGCUAUCAUUUUUUUUGAGUCAAAAAACAAAUCAUCUUUUAGAACAGAAGAUAGAAAGAACUGAACAUUAACAGUGAUGGAAACAUUCAUGAUAACUAAAUAUAAAAUAAGCUUUGUGCUCAUGAGUAAUCACUAAUUUCUGAACCUUUUCCUUUGCACUAAAUUACUAGGCUAUGGCUCCCAUUCAUAUGAGCAAGGUGUGAUCAUAUUCGAUAUGAUCUACUUCCCAAAUGAAUGUUGUAUGCUUCUUUACUUCAUAUUCUCAAACCCUGAGACAUGACAUUCCUAGAGUAAAUUAAGAUUUCAUAUACUGUAGAGCCCCUCUCAUAAUUCUGUUGUUGAGAAACCAAAUUGGCAAUCUUAUGACAUAGAUGUUUCCCAUGUCUCAUUAUGUUCACAGGGUAUGUUUGGACAUGCAUUUCACCAAGAACCAUGUAGUAACAAGAUAAAUGAUAACUGAGACAACUGAGGUACUAUGGAAUUUUUGGAAUUUGAUUGCCUGGGACAUGCUACAGUAGACGAUUUAUUUAAAAGAAGUCCAUUUAAUUAAAAUGAAAAGAUAUUGAAUCAUAAAUAAUAAGUAUAAAAUAAUACUAAAAUGAAAAUUCUAUGUGUUUCCUUUCUCUGUGAUUUUUUUUGUUCAGUUUAAAAGAACAGUAACCUUUUUAAUUUUUCUACCAUUUUGACUUUCUUAGUUUUCCAUUUUCCUUUAGGUUGUUGAAAAUUAGGGAAGUUUGUCCAUAGCCUUAUUCAUAGACAAUGCCAGAAUCAACCUUUACUUGGAUUCCUGUACAUAAGAGGCAGAAGGCUAUACGUACAGGUUAAGGGAGCAUGGUUAAUAUUUGUACUAGCUGAAUUUUCUAUAAAUGUUCUGAAAAGUGACGAGCAAAUUCACUGGCUCAGAUGAUCCCUCUGAGCUUGAAUUAAUCCUCUUUAUUUAAUCAAGUUAUUAGAAUAUGAAGGUUUUUUGUGAAUGAUACUAUAGUAUUCAGCCAUCCACCCAUUUAUUAACUCAACAAAUAUUUAUCAAAGUGCCUAGCAGGAUUAUCUGCUGUGGAACAGGCAAGGAUGUUUACAGGGAGGUUGUGAGGCUGGUGGGUAUGAUGAACCUGUUUGAAGUGAAAGACAAUAGUCACAUCCACCUAGCUCCAGUUUGGUGCAACAUUAGAAUCCAGCAGUAAUAGUACAGAUGGCCUAAGCUACACCUGUGUGUAUCUGUAUGUGUGCACACACCUAUGUAUAUAUAUUUAUCUAUCUGUACAAACACUACAUAUGUAUACACACUAUCUAUGUAAUAUAUAAUAUAUGUAUAAUGCAUAUAAAUUCUAACAAGUGUAUUUGUGUUAUCUUUAAAAUAGAACAAUUGUAUCUUGAAGUGGUAAAUGCAGAGAAUUGGUUUUAUUGUUGAUCUGUGGAUUUAAUGAUUUUUAGGUGAAAAGGAUGUUUAAGUGUAUAAUUUCUUUUCUUAAUUUAAUAUAUUUAUGUAAAUGCAUGCCUGAAAUUUGGUUAGAUUGGCUGUGUUUUGUGUCUUUUAACAUGAUCAAAUGUAUUAAACUUUAUCUUAUGACUUA